CCUUUUUUAAUUAUUUGGCCACCUGUUAACCAACAAGUAGCCUAUUAAAAUGUAACCAAGCCACGGCGGCUUCAAAGUGAAAACAUUUGUUAUAGUCAUGCUCAAGUCAUUAUGUCUCUUCUCCACUCCUCCUGUUUCAACAGCUGAACGGGUAGCCAAGUAGUGGAGGGGGAAAGUAAGUACUGCCGUGGUCUCCCAGGGGAUUUAUUGUAUGAAUAACAGGGACUUCCAAGUACCCAACAUGCCAACCUUCCGUGCGUUUGUUUGUACGAGGGGUUCGCAACGCCAUGGACAACAUAGUAUCGACAGGCUGCAUAUGAUAAUCAGUAUAGCAAACCAACAGCAAGCAUGGACUACAACGGAACCUGGAAGGUGUAUUUUGAUGACAAUCUGGAAGGGUUUCUGAAAGCAAUGUCUGUACCUGAGAUGAUGAUCAAAAUGUCCAAGGACGUGAAGCCGGUGACCGUCAUAAAGCAGAACGGCCCUGACUUCACCAUCGAGGUGAAGACGCCCGUACGCACCAACGUCAACUCCUUCAGCCUGGGGAAGGAGACGGAGAUCACCGCUAUGGAUGGGAGGAAGUUCAAGUGUACAGUCAGGGAAGAGGAGGGGAAGCUGGUGUUCGAAACAGACAAGUUCACCUCUGUUCGUGAGAUCCAAGGAGAGGACAUGGUGGAAGUAGGAUUAAUUUUGAUUCAUUCAAUGAUCAAUGGAUCAAUGUUUUGUUUUUUAGAAGUCCAAUUGCAGUAUGACGAAGGCAUAAUCAACUGAUUUAAGGAUCUCUUCCUAUCUGCAGACGGUGACUGCUGGCUCCGCGUGCCUCAUCAGGAAAAGCAAGCGGGUCUGAUGAACGUCGGCAACUACCAAUAUGGCCACCAGAUC